AUGGAGUCUGCGUUCCUUGAUAAGGCCUGCCUCAACGAUGAGCUGAACCACAUAAUGAUUGACUUGCCCUUACAGGAUCAAUGUGAUUACCUAAACAAACUGCAUUCGUGCUCGAUGGCUUAUGGGGGAAGUCCCACUACCAGCGCGAAGAUGCUGUGCCUGCCGACCCCCCUCAAGGGGGAGCACUUUGCCUUUCUGUUGGAUGGGGGGGCAGCUGGUGCAGAUCCUGCCGCGGCCCCCCACAAUGGGCAGCUGCGUACUGCUACUCCGCCCAAUGGGCACGUCCGUACAGUUACUGCCCACAGUGGGGACAUCUCCGCUACCACCCCAACACGAUGGAACGCCGACCGAGAGAAGCUCAUGAGCGACAUCCUGUUCCUGUGUGUGCACAAAAAUGGAUGCAAAUACGUAAUAAAUAAAAUGAAGGAAAAUGAAGACACAGAGGAAAAGAGGAUAAUUCAAAAAUCGCUCCUACUAGAUGCGAUGGCUCUAUGUCCUGACGUGUACGGAAGUUACGUUGCGCAAAGUGUGUUUGACUUGAGUGACGACACAUACAAGGAACGUUUCACAGACCAAUUUCUUUCACAAACAAGAUUUCUCUCUCUACACACAUAUGGAUGUCGUCUCAUUCAAAAGUCACUGGAGUCUCUAGGCAAUGAAUACAAAAGUAAAAUAUUUAAUCAAUUAAAAAACGAUUUAAUUACUUACAUAUGUCACCAAAAUGGGAACCACGUAAUUCAAAAGUGCAUUGAAGUUUUGCCCUCUGUUCAUAUUGACACGAUCAUAAGUAACAUUGAAGAAUAUUUGCCUUUCUUAAGUUCACAUGCUUAUGGGUGCCGCAUCGUUCAACGCAUAUACGAAGUUGGUAAUACGACUCAGAUCAACAGACUCAACGAUAAAAUUAUGAAGAAAAUAUAUUUGAUUAAGAACAGGUAUGGUAAUUACGUUAUUCAGAAAUGCUUUGAACACUCGGACGACACGGUCAGGUUCACCAUCACUGAUGAGAUCGUCAACGACAUAUACAAGCUCUCUUCGCAUAAGUAUGCCUGCAACAUAAUCGAGAAAAUUCUGCUGAAAAAGGAAUACAAAUAUAAGAAAAAAAUAAUCAAGAGAAUUGUGAAUGAUAUUUCGGAAGGGAACGACAGCAUGAUCAGCAUUUGUAAAGACUGCUACGGAAAUUUUAUGAUGCAAAAACUGCUGACCACGUGCAGGCCAAAAGAGAGGACCCUUAUUAUCAAAACGAUCAUAGAGAAUGUCGACAAGCUCAAGGACGAGACGUACGGCAAGUACAUCUUGAGAGCGAUCAGCAACCUGGAAACGUAA